GGCGCCUCUUCUGCUCUUCACAUGUCUCCUGGCCGUGGAACCUCCGUCCUCUGCUAGCGGGGUCUCCGUCCGGCUCUGGGGGGGAUUCGCGGAUCCGAAACCGACCGGCACCGUCUGCGGGAAAUAGGGAAUGAACGACGAGACAGCCCCGGACAGCUGGAAGAAGAACUCCGGGUGCUCCAGUAUUGAGCAAAUGCUGGCUGUGAAUCCCGGAAAGACGCCGAUCAGUCUGCUGCAGGAGUAUGGAACGCGGCUAGGCAAGACCCCAGUGUAUGACCUGCUGAAGGCCGAGGGACAGGCCCACCAGCCCAACUUCACUUUCCGUGUUUCCGUUGGAGAGAUCAGCUGCACCGGCCAAGGGCCCAGCAAGAAGGCGGCCAAGCACAAAGCAGCCGAGGCUGCUCUGAAGAUGCUACAAGAGGAACUCGAGGGUCCCACUGUCGUCGGUGUUGGAGUAGAAGGUAUUAUUGCGGUUGAAGUGUCUACUGAUGGAGACAGCUGCAAGACAGAGAUGAAGACCUCAAGCAGUUCUCAGCAGUCUGAGUGUAACCCCGUGGGGGCUCUGCAGGAGCUGGUGGUGCAGAAAGGAUGGCGCCUGCCAGAGUACACGGUCACUCAGGAGUCGGGUCCUGCACAUCGAAAAGAGUUCACCAUGACCUGCAGAGUCGAGAGAUUUGUGGAAAUCGUCUCCGGUUCAUCUGCAGGAAGUGGAACGUCCAAGAAAUUAGCCAAGAGAAACGCAGCAGCGAAGAUGUUAUCGCGUAUACACGAUGUCCCGGUCGACCUGAGGACCCCCCACGAGGUGGAUGUGGAGGAUGACACGUUCACCGUGCACACUGGGAACAAAGUUGACUCGGGUAAAAGUAAAAGCUUCAGCUGCACAUGGGACUCUCUGCGUAACUCUGCUGGAGAGCAGAUCCUCCAGCUCCGCAGCCAUCCUCUGGGAAUGCCCUCCGACUCGGACUUCUGCUCCCUGCUGAGUGACCUGUCCGCCGAGCAGAGCUUUGACGUCAGCUACUUGGAUCUGGAGGAGCCCAGCCUGAGCGGCGUGUGCCAGUGUCUCGUGGAGCUGUCCACGCAACCAGCCACCGUGUGCCACGGCUCUGCCCCGAGCAAAGAUGCCGCUCGGGCCAUCGCAGCCCACAAUGCACUGCACUACCUCAAAAUCAUGGCUGGAGGGAAAUGAUGUCAAGUCAUCUUCCUACUCACAGACUCGAACUCGCAAAACUGCACAUUGCCAGGAUGAAUUUCCACUUUGGACGACGGAGGAAACCUUUGUGAUGAGUUCAAAAACCGUGAAUUACCUCAGAUUCGGAGAAACAAAACUUUUCAUGUCCCCCAAGUUUAAGCCCUGGAGCCCGAUUUGGCCACUUUGAUUUCUAAACGUCGCAAGUGAACAUUAAGUUGCCCAAAAAUUCCUGAACACUCCUCUUCUUGCAAAUUAUGAAAAAAUUCCUUUUCAGUCACUUUCAUUUUUGCUUGUCAAUACAAACAGAACUCUUUCUUUUUACCUCAAAUCAAAAAUUUACAAAAAGUCUUUAUCUGGAAUUUUAAAUGGUGCUUUUGUCAAAAACUGGAGACGAAUUCUGGUGCAACUAAAAAAGAAAUUGGUCAAUGGAAUCGCCGAUAUCAUGGAUGGACUCGAAAAAAAUGAACAGCCAUGCCACUGAAACAUGGAGGAAGAGACUCUGCUGAACAAAUAUCAGAGGAGAAUGGUUUUAAAGACUGGCCCCUUUACACUUGAGCUUGUUUGAAUCUCUGAAAAUGUUUUUUUUUGUCCUGUAUGUUAAUCUGAUCCCCUGAAGCUCAAACAGUUUGUCGCUGUGAUGCUCUGAAGGUUUGGCCUGAAGGGUCUGAGUUUCUUUUGACGAACUUCCCCUGUCGUUUUAAAACUCAGAUGAAAUUAACUCUUUGAUUUGUGUCCGGCACAUAUUGGGUUUUGUUUGAAAAUUAACCCUCUCUAAUAAUGUAACACUCUGAUAUUUACUGUAGUAUCGAUCAAUCAAAUUUAGUAGAAUUAUAUGGAGAGAUCAGUGAGCUUGAGUGAUACAAAUUUUUUAUUGAUUUCCCACGUAGGAUCCCUUGGAAGAUGUACACCAAUGGCUAUCAGAGCAUUUUAGGAAUGCUCACAGUGAUCAUGAGAACUCUACAAAAGAAAACUGAGCAUAAUUUAGAAUCUCCUUAUUGGUUCAGUUCACACACAAAUUUUCACAUUUGGGAGUAAAACAAGACAACACAUAAUGUGAUUGUCACAAAUAUUUCCCAGAUUCUCUAUUACCCUGCAUUCACUUUGCAGUCAGACCAAUAAAUAAUACAUUAACUUCUGUGUGAAUCAAAGAGCUGAAAAAGAACUGUGAGUUUUCUGAUAAGGAGAUGUUGUUGUUGUUAUCAAUAGAACGUUAGACAUAACAAUUCGAUUUUUUUUUUUUAGUCAUCCCUCAGACAAAUAAUGUCUUUUGCGCCGUUUCAAAGAUAUGAACUACCGAUUGUUUUCCUCUUUAUAAUUCGUACCCCUGUGAUUACGUUUCUCUUUUCUCCGUCAAUGUGACUGAUUCCUGUGACAUUAUUUAAAAGAACCGUUGACACCUGCGCCUGGGUGUGAACUCUCAUUACCACCCUGGUUACUGCAGUAGCUAAUCUGUCAAUAUACAAUUCAUUGCACUCUGCUGAAAUAAGUAUUGGAAAAGAGUUGGAAACAGUUUGCACUAGUUGAGAAGACAAUGUCCUUUGCACAGAUGCAGGCUGAACAUGUUCGAGUGCAGCGGGUUUUGACGCAACACUGACCUCAUUUUGUCUGAAACGGCAGAUCUGCAUUUUGUUAUUCUGAGAUAAGGAAGUUAUCUCCUGGUUUUAGUGAAUUUUAUGUGCUGACAUUAUUCAAUUUGAGACAGUUCUUUGUCAUAGUAAAAUUGUUGCCCAGUUUAAAAUAAAUAAAGUGUGAGCU